CGUCGAUUCCUCCCCUCAACCUACUCGCAAUGUCAGCCGACCAUACUGCCCCUUCUUCUGGCAAGACCGCCCUCCUGCUUGGCGCCACAGGCGCAGUGGGCAAAGAGACGCUCGCUGAGCUCCUCUCCACCUCCCACUUUUCUCAAGUUCACUCCUUCGGCCGUCGCCCCUCCGGCCAGACGCACGCCAAGCUGACAGAGCACAAUGUCGACUUCGAGAAGCUUGCGAACGGAGAUGCAACAGAAGCGGAUAAGCUACGCAAUGUCCGUGCUGAUGCCGUCUUGAUCGCCUUGGGCACGACAAGGGGCGAUGCGGGGAGUGCGCAGAAGUUUGAGAGGAUCGAUAGGGAGUAUGUGAUUGCCGCGGCUAAGGCUGCGAGGAAUGAGGCGGUCGAGGGGCAAAGGGUAGCGUACAUUAGUAGUACAGGGGCGAAUGCCAAGGCGCCUUUCCUCUACAUGAAGUCAAAGGGUCUGACCGAGCUUGGCAUUGCAUCAAGCGGCUACCCCUCUUCCUACCUUUUCCGACCAGGCUUCCUCUACGACGCCAACCGUGAGAAGCCUCGCGCCCUUGAAAAGGUUUACGGCAUCUUCACGCAUCACAUCCUGUCUCGCGUGUCGGGCAAUGCCGAAAUCCACGUACCCUUGCUCGCCAAGGCCUUCGUUGCUACCGCCGCAAAGGGGGACGAAUGGUUGAAGAGUAAUGCCGCGGGCAAGCCGCUGGAUGGUGCAGAAAAGGGGGCGACGAUGGUUGACAAUGCGGAUGCGGUCAAGCUCGCUAAAGCUGAGCAGCAGUGAGCGUGGAGAACGGGGGAUGAUACCGAGCUGUUGAUACCCAUCGAACUUCACGAUGCUAGCGUGUAGGCAAUCAAAGUACAAUUUUCAAAUCUUCUUCU